AAUAAUAAUAAUAAUAAUAAUAAUAAUAAUAAUAAUAAUAAUAAUAAUAAUAAUAAUAAUAAUAAUAAUAAUAAUAAUAAUAAUAAUAAUAAUAAUAAUAAUAAUAAUAAUAAUAAUAAUAAUAAUAAUAAUAAUAAUAAUAAUAAUAAUAAUAAUAAUAAUAAUAAUAAUAAUAAUAAUAAUAAUAAUAAUAAUAAUAAUAAUAAUAAUAAUAAUAAUAAUAAUAAUAAUAAUAAUAAUAAUAAUAAUAAUAAUAAUAAUAAUAAUAAUAAUAAUAAUAAUAAUAAUCAUAAUAAUAAUAAUAAUAAUAAUAAUAAUAAUAAUAAUAAUAAUAAUAAUAAUAAUAAUAAUAAUAAUAAUAAUAAUAAUAAUAAUAAUAAUAAUAAUAAUAAUAAUAAUAAUAAUAAUAAUAAUCAUAAUCAUAAUCAUAAUCAUAAUCAUAAUCAUAAUCAUAAUCAUAAUCAUAAUAAUAAUAAUAAUAAUAAUAAUAAUAAUAAUAAUAAUAAUAAUAAUAAUAAUAAUAAUAAUAAUAAUAAUAAUAAUAAUAAUAAUAAUAAUAAUAAUAAUAAUAAUAAUAAUAAUAAUAAUAAUAAUAAUAAUAAUAAUAAUAAUAAUAAUAAUAAUAAUAAUAAUAAUAAUAAUAAUAAUAAUAAUCAUAAUAAUAAUAAUAAUAAUAAUAAUAAUAAUAAUAAUAAUAAUAAUAAUAAUAAUAAUAAUAAUCAUAAUAAUAAUAAUAAUAAUAAUAAUAAUAAUAAUAAUCAUAAUAAUAAUAAUAAUAAUAAUAAUAAUAAUAAUAAUAAUAAUAAUAAUAAUAAUAAUAAUAAUAAUAAUAAUAAUAAUAAUAAUAAUAAUAAUAAUAAUAAUAAUCAUAAUCAUAAUAAUAAUAAUAAUAAUAAUAAUAAUAAUAAUAAUAAUAAUAAUAAUAAUAAUAAUAAUAAUAAUAAUAAUAAUAAUAAUCAUAAUAAUAAUAAUAAUAAUAAUAAUAAUAAUAAUCAUAAUAAUAAUAAUAAUAAUAAUAAUAAUAAUAAUAAUAAUCAUAAUAAUAAUAAUAAUAAUAAUAAUAAUAAUAAUCAUAAUAAUAAUAAUAAUAAUAAUAAUAAUAAUAAUAAUAAUAAUAAUAAUAAUAAUAAUAAUCAUAAUAAUAAUAAUAAUAAUAAUAAUAAUAAUAAUAAUAAUAAUAAUAAUAAUAAUAAUAAUAAUAAUAAUCAUAAUCAUAAUAAUAAUAAUAAUAAUAAUAAUAAUAAUAAUAAUAAUAAUAAUAAUAAUAAUAAUAAUAAUCAUAAUCAUAAUAAUAAUAAUAAUAAUAAUAAUAAUAAUAAUAAUAAUAAUAAUAAUAAUAAUAAUAAUAAUAAUCAUAAUAAUAAUAAUAAUAAUAAUAAUCAUAAUAAUAAUAAUAAUAAUAAUAAUAAUAAUAAUAAUAAUAAUAAUAAUAAUAAUAAUAAUAAUAAUAAUAAUAAUAAUAAUAAUAAUAAUAAUAAUAAUAAUAAUAAUAAUAAUAAUAAUAAUAAUAAUAAUAAUAAUAAUAAUAAUAAUAAUAAUAAUAAUAAUAAUAAUAAUAAUAAUAAUAAUAAUAAUAAUAAUAAUAAUAAUAAUAAUAAU